AUGAAGACCCUGGAAGGAGCUGAUCUCUGUUUUCCACACCUAAACUCCUCCUGCAAGAAGCCUACAAUUCAGCACUCCGAGGCCAUGUUUAAUUAUGUUUUUCUUUCCUUUGUUUCUCUGUUCACUGUGAUUCUUAACCUGCUGGUCAUCAUCACCGUCUCCCACUUCAGGCAACUCCACACCCCCACCAACCUCCUCCUGCUCUCUCUGGCUGUCUCUGACCUCCUGAUAGGCGUCCUGCUGAUGCCGGCUGAAAUCAUCUACUCAGAGGCUUGCUGGUUUCUUGGUGACCUUCUGUGUACGCUGUAUUAUGUUGCAGACUACACCCUUACCUCUUCCUCAGUAGCCAAUAUGGUGCUCAUAUCAGUUGACCGCUAUAUUGCUGCUCGUGCCAUGAGGUCUCAUGUUGCAGCUGUAAAAGCGCAACCUUCAGGGGCUGCAGCUGUGAAGAAAACAGAGAUGAAAGCAGCCAGGACUCUUGGUAUUGUUAUAGCUAUAUUUUUGUUGUGCUUCUGUCCAUACUACUACCCCACUAUGGCAGUCUACCAGAUAUUGGAAACCCCGGCCCCUGGGGCGGACAUCCAGGAUCUGCCGGACUGUGUAAGCCGGACCACCCUCCACCUCAAGGGCUGGUGGAGGCGCAGCCGGUGGUGGACAGAGGGGACUGGAGUCCUGGAUGGCAAAAGGCCACAGGAACCGGGGAGACAAUUUGGGGCAAGCCCCUUUGAUAGGAAUGUGGGUGGCCGAGAGCCAAACCUGUUGCCCAACCUGGGGUCAGACGGGCGUGCCCUGAUUCCAUGGGUUUAUCCGGAGCUCUCUGGAAGGAUGUGUCGGUCCCCCCCAUACGGGACAGGGCCCGGGCCUCAGAAGGUAGUGCAGAUGCUGAACGGGCAGCUCCACACAACCACCAACCUCCUUGUCCUUUCUCUGGCUGUUGCAGACUUCCUUGUGGGCCUCCUGCAGAUGCCUGUUGCAAUCCUCCUGUACAGAGGCUGUCCAUAUUAUUGUUACACUGUUGCAGCUGAAAACAGCUCGAUAGCUGCGUCAUCUGCACCAAUUCAAGUUUGGCUGCUGUAUUCAAACUCCUGUUUAAACCCUGUGAUCUAUGCUUUUUUUUACCCCUGGUUCAGAAAAUGUAUUAAACACAUUUUAACACUUCAAAUACUGCAGCCUGACUCCUGUAAUGCCAGUUUCCAGUAUUCUUGGAUGCUGAGAGGGCAUGAUGACCUGGUCUCUGGCCAGCCGUUCAGGGACACUCAUCUCAGACGGGGAUUGGUCAUGGUGCGCAAUUGA